AUGGAUCUGAUCUACCUGACCGACAGUGGUGGCCAGCAAGCCUACUGGGACCUCAUCCCUAUCUUCACCUUCGACACCUCUGCCACCCUGUUCGUCCACCGGCUGUGUGAGAAACUUGAUGAACACCCUCGCAACGAUCUCUACCAGAGAGGGGAGCAGCUCAUCCUAGAGGCUCUGGCCCUCAAACUGGGGAGAGAGGUCCUGAGUAAGGAAGAAGCCAUUCACGUGUCAGACUCACUCGGUUUCCCUGAAGGGGAACUCGAUGCUGCCCUCACUUUCUUUGACAAGUUGAACAUCUUCCUCUACAAGAAGACCAUUCUUCCCGAAGUCAUCUUUACCAAUGCUCAAGUACCUCUGGACAAACUGUCAAAACUGGUGGAGAAGCAGUACCAUCUGAGGGCUGCCAUGGCUGAUCCAACUAAAGCAGCUGAUCAUGCGAUCACAGGGGACUGGCAGAAGUUUCGCGACAACGGAAUCCUCACUCUUGAUUUCCUUGAGGACUUCAAGAACCACUAUGUGGAGGGAAUAUUCACAGCCAGAGAUUUUCUUGUCUUGCUUGAAAAGAGCCUCGUGGUUUCCCGACUGUCUAGAACUGAAUACUUCUUUCCUGCCAUUCUCAACAUGACAACUGAAGCAAAGAUCAGUGAAUGCCUUGAAACAUGCAGGAGGACCAAGAUAGCAGCUCUGGUGGUGGAGUUCCCCACUGGCUGGGCUCCUCCCGGUGUCUACUGCUGCAGUGUGUGCCACCUUCAGUCCCACUCUGGCUGGGAGGUGGUGAAAAACAGACGCAUCAAACCACAAAGCAAAGCUUCCACUGCGCCCCAAACCCACUUGGACCAGAAAGAAGGAUAA